AUGACGGAGAACGCCUUCAAGGCGGCUUAUCAGAUCCAGCCUGAAAGGGGCAUUAGUUGGAUAUCGCUGGGGUCUUCUAUUUACAGUAUAAUAACGAGGCUGAAGGCCUCGCCACAAAUCUAUCCAAGCCUCCAGUUGUCCUAUUCCGCUUCGGAGCCAAUCACGCAGCCGGUCGUUCUCAGUCUUCCGUACAAUGGAUUGAGGCUCCGAUUUGACGGUCCAGACCAGAGGCUACGGCUAAUUGAAGUGCUUGACUUCUCUCUCAGCUCUUUUGUUUAUAAGAAUACAGAUCUGGUCCGUCGAGCUAAGGGUUCGGACGAAGCCAACCAAGAUGAAGGCUCUCCCCACGGACCAACGUUUCGGCAUGUCUACAGCCGUCUAUUUGGGCCAACGUAUGCCGGAGAAUACAUUCCUCCAGAAUCAGGUCAUUUAGACGGCACCUAUGUUCUCUCGUAUCCAGGGCUGGCAUUUACCUUUCCUGUGAAACAUAAAUCCUGGUCCGACAAGGUUGAUUUUGUGUCAAUUCUAUCGUCCAACGCAACCGGGCCGGCUAAGUCGAUGGCCAUCUUCCCAGGAUCUUCGUGGACAGAAGCCAGAACAAAUUUGUAUACGAGGCCGCCAACAUAUCCUCGGUCACCGACGCUGGUUGGCAAGUCGGUUGACACAAUUCCCGAUGAGAUCGAGGAGGUAAGAGUGUUCGGCGGAGGCAGGCUAGAACUGGUACGGAGGGCUUCACCGCCUAUGGCAGUCACAUUGGGGGAAACGACGCCUCAAGAUCUCGUGGCGGAGCUGGGGCCGCCUGAUGCCAUAUACCGUAAGAAUGACCGGCGCAUUUCGAUUCACGCUACGGGCAACCCUGCGAAUCGACGGCGGCCUAGCAUGUCUCCAGGACUCGAUCCCCAGGCACUGGAUACGGACCAGUCUUCGAUCCAAAGCUAUACCGAAGAAUCAGACUUCGAACACGAGCUUGAGGACGAUAGGGCAGAUUCGUCGAGUGACGAAUGUUUCUACAACUACUUUAAGCAUGGAUUUGACAUUCUGAUAUCGUCUGCAGCUACGAGAUCACCACCUUUCCCCGAUUCAACGAUCAGCGAGAGCUCUUGUUCAUCCAGUGCGCAACUGGUCGCCACGAAGAUGUUCUUACAUGGCAACGUACCCGGCUCGUUCGCGUUUAAUCGUCAUCGAAGAAGUCGGUGGGUGAUACGUACUCGUGGGGAGAACCGAGGGCCGGUGCUGACUUCAGAGAUGCCCUUCUCGGAAAUAUCUCGUGCGUUGAAAGAGGUAUGGCAUGAGACGUACAAGGACGAGAACGAGGAGAAACAAAUGCAACGGGGAAUGGUGCUCAACAGGGGAUGGGGAGAGAGCCCAGAGAGUUCGAUAGAACUGCUGGGGGAUCUAGAGGAGAGCCCGACUCGAGAAAAGGCCGAUGAGCACGGAGCAGCAAAUGCCGGUGGAGUGAUGGGCAACACGGAAUUGUUUGGGUUUCCGGGCAUGUUGUUUGAAGUGCUGAAGAACGAUACAGUGAGUUGUGUGACGGUAUUCUAG